CAUCUUUUACUUUCCCAAAAGCAUGAUACAGAUACCUACAGAAAUAUUGGUGCUCAUCACAAGCUUUCUGUCGACGCGUGACAAAAUCAGAUGUAUCCGUGUUUGUAAGGCUUGGUACGAAAUUAUAGCCAAUUCAAAUCUUUACGUCGAUCUUACGAUUGAAAACAAUAUGCCGUUUGAUUUUCGAUCAGCUAUGGAUCUAUUUGUAAAGAAAAGACGUAUCGCGAACACAGUAAAUAAUCUCUGUAUAUCAUGGACAAGUAACAAGCACACAAGAACAUUGAUGAAGCUUCCAGAAGUAUUUCCAAAGGUGCGCAAUGUAUUUAUCAGUGAACUCUUUUGUGAUACAGACAAGAUACCUAGUCCAGAGGUGUUCGAUUAUCAAAAACGAUUCAAACGAUGGAACAAUCUAGAAUACUUGACUGAUCGUUCUUUAUCCCCUAUCUUCACAAAACAAAUCGUCCUGUAUAGUAAUUUAAGCAACUUGAAACGAUUGGAUAUCACAGGCGACAAACCUUACGAUGGAGAAAAUGAUAUCACGGUAUUGAAGUUACUUCGUGACCACAUUCAAAAUUUACCGUCACUUGAAGAGUUCGUAUUGACAAGUACCGCAGUCAGAUUAGAAGAUGUCGAAGUUUUUCACAGCAAGAGUCCAAACUUAAAGAAACUUACGCUUAAGAUGAGUGUCGAUAAACAUAGGUGGAGACAUCAACGACAUGUCAACAUAACCACUCUAGCCAGUAAACUUGAAAUCCUCAAUCUUUCUAUAAAUAUAGCGGGGAUGUAUAACGAUAAUACAGAUAAUCUGGACGAGUUUGUUUUCAAAUGGGUAUCGUAUAUCAAUCAAAAAUACAAGAAUCUUCAAAAUAUAGCUUUAAAUGCGUAUGCCCAGCGCGCAUAUAGCCUUUAUCUCUCCACAAGAAUUAAAGAAGUUGUAACAAGCUUGUUAAUGGAAUCAAAACCCCUCACUUACUUGGAUAUGAAUCUAUGUCCUUUGUCUGACGAGAUGAUAAACGCCAUGGAAAAGAACAAGGUACAACUGAAAGGUCUGUCACUUUAUUUGAACGAUACGUCCCAAAAUGAACACAUGGUUGAUACGAUUAGAAAAUCCCAGCUGAUCAAAAAUGUCACAAUCUUGGGAAUAAAGAUUCAUGAAAUUCUAGUCGGAAGAUUGGAGGAAAUAUCGUAUUUAUAUUCAAGAAUCUUACAAUUACCAGCAUCGUUCCAAAAAGUUGUGGAUUUGACCAUGGACCGAUUGCCGAAAGGAAGUGCGACGUUACUCUUCAUCCAUAUUCUACCAAACCUGCCUGUACUGGAAAAAUUAGUAGUUUGGUUCGAUAAAUUUGGUGCAGAUGAGUCAGAUUCAUUUGCAAGCCAGUACGAAGUCAAAGAGUAUUCUCUCAAUCAUGUUGAGGUUGGAUUUUGCCCGGGGGAGAAAACAAACACAGCUGUAUUCAAUGAUGUCUUCCGAGUAUUUUUUCAAUCUUGUCCUUUAUUAGAAGAAGUGCGAAUCUCUGGCGGGAUGAGACCGGUGACAAAUGACAAUAAAGAGCUUACUUUGUGCUUCAAAAAUCACUUUAAAUUGAAAAAAGUGGAUAUUAGCCUGCUUAGUUGUAAAGCCUAUCUGUUCAACGGAUACGAAGUCGUCCUUAAUACUUAUCCCAGCAUGUUUCGAACACACCGUUUUCAUUUGAUCAUCGACAAGCCAGACGUGAAUGUAAAGCUCCAUUAAUCUUCCACUCUUUCGUCUUUAGCUCGGAUGUUAUAGGUAUUCCAAAUCUACAGGCAAAAACUUCACCACAUCGAAAUGUUAUUCAUUAAAUAAAUCAUGUUAUUGAAAAGUUAUUGUAAUUGCAAACUGUAACCACUCUACUUUUUUUUUUAAUUAUUAAAUCAUCGGAACAAGUGUAUUCUGCUCCUACC